AAUCGGCGGCGAGAGGGGGGGCGGGGCCUGUGUCUGGGACUGACGCGCAGUCACAGAGCAGUGCCUCUGUGUCCGAGUGCGGAGUGAGAGAGCGGCGAUGGCCAAAGCGGAUAUUGCUCUCAUCGGUUUGGCCGUGAUGGGCCAGAACCUGAUUCUGAACAUGAACGACCAUGGCUUUGUGGUCUGUGCCUACAACAGGACGGUCUCCAAAGUAGACAGUUUCCUGCAGAACGAAGCCAAAGGCACCAAGGUGAUUGGCGCGCACUCCCUGGAGGAGAUGGUGUGUAAGCUGAAGAAGCCUCGACGUAUCGUGCUGCUGGUCAAGGCGGGGCAGGCUGUGGACGACUUCAUCAACAAGCUGACUCCGCUGUUGAGCAAAGGCGACAUUAUUAUUGACGGUGGGAACUCGGAAUAUCGAGACACGACGAGGAGGUGUGCGGAGCUGAAAAGCAAAGGCUUGCUGUUUGUGGGUAGCGGGGUGAGCGGAGGAGAGGACGGAGCCCGGUACGGACCCUCACUGAUGCCCGGAGGCGACAAAGAGGCCUGGCCUCACAUCAAGGACAUCUUCCAGAGCAUCGCAGCCAAGGUUGGAAGCGGCGAGCCGUGCUGCGACUGGGUGGGCGAUGAAGGAGCCGGCCACUUUGUGAAGAUGGUACACAACGGCAUUGAGUACGGAGACAUGCAGCUGAUCUGCGAAGCUUACCACCUGAUGAAGGAUGUCCUCAACAUGGAACACGACGAGAUGGCGGAUGUCUUUAAGGAGUGGAAUAAGACCGAGCUGGACUCGUUCCUGAUCGAAAUCACGGCGGACAUCCUGAAAUUCCGGGAUGAAUCCGGCAAAUACCUGCUGCCUCAGAUCAAGGAUUCGGCCGGGCAGAAGGGAACGGGGAAAUGGACAGCCAUUUCCUCCCUGGAGUACGGCAUGCCAGUCACACUGAUAGGAGAGGCUGUGUUUGCCAGGUGCUUGUCCUCGCUCAAAGAGGAACGGUUACUCGCAAGCAAGCAGUUAUCGGGACCCGAAGACUCCAAAUUCACCGGGGAUCGUAAGGCUUUCCUGGAAGAUAUCCGUAAGGCUCUCUACGCCUCGAAGAUUAUCUCCUACGCCCAGGGAUUUAUGCUGCUUAGGCAGGCAGCGAAAGAGUUCAGCUGGUCUCUGAAUUAUGGUGGAAUUGCUCUGAUGUGGAGAGGAGGCUGCAUUAUCAGGAGCGUGUUUCUGGGAAAAAUCAAAGAAGCCUUUGAAACAAAUCCCAAGCUACAGAACCUGCUGUUGAACGACUUCUUCAAAAAGGCUGUCCAGGAUUGUCAGAAGUCCUGGCGUCAUGUGGUCAGUACCGGUGUCCAGUUGGGCAUCCCCAUGCCAUGCUUCAGUACCGCUCUCGCCUUCUAUGACGGCUACAGGCAUGAGAUGAUGCCAGCGAACCUUCUCCAGGCACAAAGGGAUUACUUUGGAGCCCACACCUACGAACUCCUUUCCAAACCGGGAACCUUCAUCCACACCAACUGGACCGGUCACGGAGGCAAUGUCUCCUCGUCCACGUACAAUGCUUGAGAGGCGGGCCACACGUAAAAAUAUCUUCCUAAAGUAACAUUCCGCAUUUUGUGGCUAUUUAAGACGAGCGAGCUGUAGUAUUGAUAACUUAAAUGUACUGUAGAUUAUAUAGAGGAUUUCCUCCCUGUCUGGGUGCCACUAAGGUGCAAAUCACCAGCGUGUUUUCCAAAGGCAUUUUAAGGUGCAACGGUUCAUGGUAUUUGAAGUCUCUUUUUUUUGUGAUGCCACUUGACUUUUAGCUUAUAAUAAAGUAUCUUAAAAUUG